GUUCCUCGAAUUUGGAGGAGCUCCACUGGUUAUUAGAGCGUACCAUAUUGGUUCGACGCCUGAAGGCCGAUGUAGAGCUAGAAUUACCUCCUAAAACACGUCAAAUUGUUCACAAGGAGUCUGAAGAACUUUAUGGAAUUGCACAAAAAUCAAACGGGCAAAUGAAAAAGGAUGCUGAAAUGAAAGGGAAAGCAUUGCUGGUGCAAAUGUGGGCCGAGACUGGUCGUUCAAAAGUUCCUGCGAUUCAGGAGUAUUUAUCUGAGAUAUAUGAAAAUUCAGAAAAGAAAUUUAUUGUGUUUGGACAUCAUUUGGAGGUUCUUGACGCUAUUACUGAUUAUUUUUCAGCCAAACUUAAUGCUAAAUUUAUUCGUAUUGAUGGCGGUACUAAUCAGCAACAUCGUCAAGCUUUAUGUGAUCAAUUUCAAGAAGACAAAAAAACGCGGAUAGCUGUUCUUUCCCUUACGGCGGCUAGUACUGGUUUAACACUUCAUGCGGCCGAUUUGGUUAUAUUUGCAGAAUUAUUUUGGAAUCCGUCCACUUUAUUGCAAGCCGAAGAUCGCGCACAUAGAAUUGGACGUCGAGGUAGCGUUGAUAUCAAGUAUAUGCUUGUUAAAGAUACUUCAG